UUGGAUAAUCAUGGUAGCGAUGUAAUUAGUUUGUGUAGAGAACUCCUCUCAAUGAAUGCCUCCUGGGUAACUUCAUAUUGUGACAUUAAUGCCGGGAUAGUUUUCGACCGAGCCGUAGAUCUGGAUAAACCGGAACACAUGAUAGCUAUACGUGCUGGAAUUUUCUCUAAAUCUCCAUGGCAACAGCACAGGCCUCUCAUGUGACCUGUGACCUCAGCCAUUGUCUCUUUGAUCCUCAUUCUCUGGAUUCUGAGCCUGACAACAGCUGUGAGAUGGGCAGCGUGGGCAGUCUAGUAGAGAAGCAAGAGUACUCGCCCUCUGCAUCAGGAGGCCUGCGACGGAUGCGCCAGCCAGAUGGGUUGCUCCGGAAAGGAAUAUCGCAACGUGAAGUCUCUGGUUACCCACAUGGGGGAAAACGGGAUGUUCGGGCUGAGAAGAAGCAUCAGUCAUCGGGUGGUGGCUUUAAACGGGAUUAUGAGAGUGACCGGGAGAAUCAGUCCCCUGAGCGGUACUUUCAGGACAAUCAGCGAGGAGCAGAUUUUUCCAAGAGUUCUUUGCCUGAACGUGGGCGCUUUGACAAGUGUCGGAUCAGACCCUCAGCUUUCAAGGUGGUGCCCGGGAGGAGCUUAUUGUCUAUGCAGGGACUGUCAUCCAGCAAAGGACAGAAGAUGUCAAAGAGCAAUGGGAGUCUGCAUACGCUGUUAACCCAGAGCAGUACUGGCAGCUCCUCACAACGUGGACCUCAGCGUGGCCAUCUGCUGCACACCAUCAGUCUUGAUGAGGGCACAAACUCCAUUCAAAGCUUUCCCACAUACAAUCCCCGCUUCAAGCCUAGUCCAAAUCAGCUGAGUGCUUCCAUAGGACACAUCAACCACAUUGGUGGUUCCUUAGACAGGGCUUCUCGGGGACCACGAGAUCCUUUGGCAGUAGAAAAAGCUCCACUGUCUUGCAAGAGCCUGAGCCGACUACAAAGCUCAGGGGAACCACCCCCUCCGUAUGAGCCCACGUAUUCUUUGGAAGAUGUAGUGAAGCAGCUUGAGGACCGACUGAGUGAGAAAGGCAUGGAGCUCCGUCAGUUUAAGAGAAACCUGAGUGAGAAUGAUGACCCCUUCACACAGGUGUUUGAAGACAAACAGCGUCUUUGGAUGGAAGAGCUGGAUGAGCUAAAGCAAAUGUAUGUGGCCAAGCUGCAACAGGUAAUGUACCAAGCCCAGCGCAGCCAGAGGGCACUUCAGCUACAACUGUACAAAGUGCAGCAGGAAAAGAAGAGGCUGCAAGAAGAACUGGACCUUCAGCAGAGCCACUGUGAAGAGCUGAGGUCGCAGCAGCAGCAUGCAGAACGCCUCAGUCCGAAACUGGAGGAGACCAAAUGGGAGGUAUGUCAAAAAACUGCAGAGAUUUCAUUGCUGAAGCAGCAGCUCCGCGAUGCCCAAGAAGAGAUGGCCCAGAAACUGGGUGAAAUCUUCAGUUUGAAAACACAGCUGCGGGAGGCUCGAACAGAGUUGCAAGCCAAGGACUCACAGCUGGCGCAGUUGGGGGACUCUUUCCAGCCCUUAUCAGAUCAUGGUUCCCCUAUUCCUUCUUCCAGGGAGUCUCCCAUGCAAGCGUGCCAGGACUUUUUGGGUUGUGAAACAGAUGAUUCUAAAUGUCGGGGAAUGCAGGGUGAGAGUGCAGAAGGAACUGAGUGGCUGUGGGCAGAAUUGUUGCGGGAAAGGCGCCAGGCCCAACUGCAAGCGGUAAACUUUGAGCAUGAGCGAAAAACAUGGCAAGAAGAAAAAGAAAAAGUCUUGCGUUAUCAGCGUGAGAUUCAGGCCAGUUACAUGGAGAUGUACCAUCGAAAUCAGGCUCUGGAAAGGCAGCUGAGUGAAUUUCGUCAGUUCCCAGCUGAAUCUAGAAAUAGCGAUUCAGAAUCACCUUGGAUUGAGAGAGCUGAAUCUUCUAAAAUCUGAGCUAUAUUUGAGAAAGAUCUGCUGGGAUUGCAAAUGGGCAGAAGAAGCCCCAUACUGCAACAAGGACUAUAAGAUUUGGUAGAAGAAAUGUCUAAGCUAAAGAGCCUGUUAACUCAGCGCAGAAGUUGGUUCCUGUAGUAACAUACAGGAUUUUGUUGUUCAAAGGAUGGAAUCACAGCAAUAUAUUUGGAAUUUUUUGUCAAUCCAGGUAGACUGUUGCCUCCGUACCACUGCUGUGUUGGAGAGCAAAAAGGCUUUCUUUUUGUAUCCUGCAUGGGGUCAAUAUAGAAGUUUCUUUUUAAAUUAUGGAAUGUGAAUUAGCUGUAAUUGGGAACCCUCCUGAUAUGGCUCAGUGGGGAAAACAAAUGAAGAAUAUAUAGGUUAUUCCUUAUUAGGAAGGUUUAGCCUUGUCCAUUAAUCAUUUGAAAGUUGGCUUGCCGUACUAGAAGGAAAGGCAUAGAAUAUCUGCUCUAUCAGGAAUCCCUCUGUAUAACAUUUGUUUUCUAUCCAUCUGGCUGGGCCUUAUGCUAUGUCGAGGUCAAAGCUCCAGGUAUAAUGUGAUUGUAUGAUCUUGUAUUAUAAGAGAGAUCCUUCUCUGGCUCUGGAAAACCAAGCAGCAACUCCAGUUCCAUUGGCCUAUGAAACAAAAGCACAAGUCAAGCCAUUUGGGCUCAGCCGUUAAAAUACCAUAGGACAGUGUUAUCUGGCUUUUGGUCAGUUUCUCCAAAAUAAUGAGAAUGAAGCUGUGAACAUAUUUGUUUGGUUGCUGCUUGGUGUCUCAGUUCUAGGUUUGAAGGUUCUUGCUAACAUAAAGAAUUCUGAAAUGGAAGCACAACCUGGCAAUGUAUUGAAUAAAUAUUUGCCUAAAUUUUCUGGCUCUAUGACUGCUAUUUUCCCCCCUGUUGUAAUGUUUUCUGUUCCUAGUAUUUUUGCCAAUUGUGUUAUAAUGGCUGUUCCCAACAGAUAAACUGCAUGUUGUUUUAUAAACUUUUAAAACCUGAUAAGCCAAUAUAAGAAGAAAUUAGGACAUGUAUUUUUAACGAAGAAACAAUGUCUAAUCUUGGGGAUUUUUCCUCUGAAGGAAGGAAGAUUGGGCUAGGAAAUCUGUUAAAAUACUUUAGGGAAUCUAUGGAAGUAAAAUGAAAAUAAACCUAUACCAAGAAUAUCUUUUAAGCCACCAAAAAGAGGAUGAAUGAUAUUUUCAAUAAUUUUGCAGUUUCUCUCUCUUUUAAAACAGAGCUUUACAUAUCCCACUGGUAAGAAAAGUCUGCAGUGAUGAGAGGAAACCUCCUUGCUUGUAGAAUAGGGCUUGGUACUAUUGGUAUCGGGUGGUACGUUGUAUGGACUAUACACAGAUGUGAAGUUAAACGAAAAAGUGUGUUUUUAAGAAUAUAGCCCUGACAUGAAGUCAAAAGCUUUACUGUAUAUAUGCCCUAAGACAGGGGAGUCAAACUUGUGGCCUGCGGUCUGGAUGUGUCACGCACUGGCCACGCCCACCCCCGUUUUAGCAAAGGGGGAAAAAGUUGCAAUACAUCAUGUGACGACGUUUGACACCCCUGCCCUAAGAGAAUUAUAUAACAGAUCAAUGCAGAGUGCUGUCUAGCUAUGUUCCAAAUGCCAACAUUUUGUCAGUUUACUCAAAUCUUCUACUUUUGGAUUGCCAUUAUCCAAUAUGGUGCAUGAAAUCCUAUAUUAAACAUGUUUGAUAGUCAGGACAUCUUAAUAUGUCUCAGAUUGCAUUUCUUGUUUUAAUCCAUGUUCGCUGAUGCUACACAACUUGACAUUAGUAUGCUAUCUGGAGACAUCAUUGCCUAGCAUAUUUCAUUUUAGCUAUAAGACAUCACUGCCUUUUCCAGAGCAGAAAAGCUAUUGGCUAUUAAGUGAUUUGAUAGAACCCAGAUGAAAAUAUAUCAUACUAGAUGUGAAACAAUCCAGUUGUGUGCCAGAGAAUCAUCUUUGAAUUAUCCUGGAGUGUAAGUACUUAAUAUAAUUAGAAAUCCACUAAAUGGUUGACCCUUACUGAAGUCUCACUCUCACUCUAUAAAUUUAAUCCCUUAUCAGGAAGCUAUUUAUAUGGAUGUGGUUAAUUUUCAAGAUACCAACCUAAAUUAGCAAAUUAUAAAAGGACUGAAAAGAAGAUACUGUAUAUUAGAUUACACUGAGCUGGACUAGUAACAUACUUCCUACUAUAUCAGAUUUUUUUUUUCUUUGCUGGUCCCAAAAAACCACAAAUGCUUGUUUUUCUUGCAAGACAGCUGGUUGUUGAAAUUUCUUGUUUGGUUCCCUGUGCCCACGCCAGUCCAAAAUUCUGUUGGUGCCUCACUUCAAAAUCCCCACAGCAGGUUUCCACCCAUCAAUUAGAACUGCAGGGAGUUGAGAAGCAGCCCAGGGAGGGCGGCACCAAAACUUGGCAGCUAAGCCAGAAACCAAGUUGCUUGCUCAGAUGCCACAGGGUAGAGUCAAGGCGUCACAAAAAGUAACAAGGGUAUUUGCCUCUUGGAACUGCUGGCUAAACCAGUUUCCUAAAUUCCAUAGGACUGGUUUAUUUUAUCUAAGCA